AUGAGCCGAAUCAAAUGGAUCCACCGCCGUCAUCCAGCCCUCACUGAAGCUGGCGCCUGUAACCCGGGCCAUCCAGUCCGCUCCAGUCUCUUCCUAACAAUGCUUCUCCACUAUAUGACUUUAUUUCUUUUGUUCACUACGGCUCUUGCUAAACCUCCUGACGCUGGCCGUCAGCGGUACCAACGGAUGAACGAUUAUCAAACAACCAUGUCAAUUAAUAACAAGCACAAUAAACAGCAGGCAAAUAAUCUUCCAGCAUCUAUUCUACACAAUUCAGCCAUUUCUCAAAACGCCCUUGCAGCCGUGUCAUCCGGCGGUAUCAGUUCUCUCAUCAGCCCACGUUCAAUAGAGGACUUUGAAGUUUCCGAUUUCAUUCUUGUUUGCUCCAUCGACGGCUCUCUGCAUGCUCGCGACCGUCAAACAGGCCUUGAGAUUUGGUCUAUUCCCGGUGAGCGGCCGCUUGCACAAGUCUCUUCGGGUGAAAUUUCAAACUGCAACAACAAUGGAGAAUGUCCAGAACGCGACUUGAUUUGGAUUGUGGAGCCUCUUGGAGAAGGCAAUUUGUUUUACUUUACCCCGGAACUAGGGCUACAACAAUUGCCCAUCAGCAUCAAGGAUCUUGUUUUACAAUCACCAUUUGCGCUACAUGGUGACGACAAGAUUUAUACAGGUAGCCGCCAUACAACACUUUUUUCAAUUGACUCUGCAACAGGAAAAGUAUUAAAAGUUUACGGAUCUGGGAAAUCCGAUCUGGGCAAUGCCGAGUGCAAGUUGAAAAAUCCACUCAACAAUAUAUUCCGUAAGGAUAGUACGGAUGAAACAGACUAUUAUGAAGAAAAUGAAUAUGAAGAAGAAGAAGAAGAAGAGGAAGAUUAUGUGUUUCCACACAUGUCUGCAGACAAGGGCUCUUUUCUCAUUGGGCGGACAGAUUACAUGCUUGAGAUUCAUGGUAAAAAUGAGACAAUAUGGAAUGUAACUUACUCGACUUGGGGGCCCAACUCAGUUGAUUACGAUUUAGUUGCUCAACAUUAUCGAUCGCCAGAUAAUAUCUACGUGACACCUAUUUACAACAGUUCAAUUUUGGCUCUUUCGACAGAUGGACGUAAGAAACCUGCGCAAUGGGUGGGGCAGAUUUCAACCGUGGCCAUUUCAGUGUUUGACGUGUUUCGACCCACCAAGAAUAAUAAUGAUGAAGAGGAGGAGCAAGUGGAGAAUGAUGAUUCAUUGAUUAUUUUGCCACAGCCUCUCCACUACAAAAAUAUGCAGAUUGACAGUAAGAUUCUGUCAAGCAUAUAUGUACAAAAAACAGCAGAUGGUCAAUGGUUUGCAAUGUCGGGGAGCAAUUACCCGUCCCUUGUACAUAGUGCUCCUCUUGCACCGUGGUGCUCAGACACGUUUAAGCCGUAUGGAAAAGACAUUGCGUCAGCAAUUAUAGGGGUGCACACGCUUGACACCAAUAAAGAGGAGCAGCAGCGACAGCAGCGACAGCAGCGACAGCAACAACAGCAGCAGCAACAUGAAGAUGAGCCGCCUCAUGAUAUUUUGGCUAUUGAUAGUCCCGAGGCUGAUCGAUCUAAAAAACGGAAACGGCCGUCUCAUUCCGAUAUUUUAAAGUCAUCGCCAAUGGCACUUCCUGCACCUUUCCCGAAAUACCAGCAGCAGCAGCAGCAACAGCAGCAGGAGCAUGCAAGUACAGGGGCUGUUCCUCCAGCACCUGAAUCGAAGUUAUUCAACUCGAUUGUGCGAAUUAUGGAGAAUUUUUUUGCAUUUGUGAUAUUUUUCUUAUUGCUUGCUGUAGCGACCAAGAUUGGAUGGUUCCCCCAGUUGCUACAUAUUUUUGAAGUGAUUAAAGCAACAAAUGAUUCACUCAAAAGUCAACGAAGGGUUACUUUUGAUGAGGAGGGGGAGGAAGGAGGGGAAGAAGAAAGUAAAGAGUAUGUCAUGCGCGAAAAGGUGAGGUUUGUUGGUAUUAGUGAGGCUUCGACUGGGGAAGAGGAAGAAGAAGAGGAAGAAGAAGGAGAAGGAGAUGAUGAUGAUGAGGAAGAAGAAGAAAAGGAUGGUAGGAAGGAUUUGGUUGGGGCUACCACUGCUAGCGAAGAGGUUAGCCAUACUCUUGAGAAUGAAAAGAGUAAUACAACUACAACUACAACUACUACAACUUCACCCAAAAAGGUUGAAAUCAUUGAGCCUGAAAAGAGCUGGCGGGAAGGAUUAGAAUCUGCCGACUCUCCAGAAGGUUUGUCAGCGACUGGUGCUCCGAAUCCAGGACCCCAAUCGCCGGCUGGUCCAGGCACCCAUAAACGGCGGAAACGAGGGAGUCGAGGGGGGCGCAAUAAUAAGAAUAAGAAAAAGUAUUUACAGAAUCAAGAAGCUGAAGAAGGGGGAUCCUCUUUGGAUGCGAUUGAUUUGACACCUACACCUUCCUCUGUUGCUUUAUCGGAAUUGGCAUCUCCAUCGAGUCCUUUAGUUGUUUCUUCUAAUCCAUCGUUACCUCCAUCGCCUUCUAAAAACAUAUUACCUAUCCAGCCGAGCCAGCUGGUAGUAUCUGACAAUGUGCUUGGGUACGGCAGUCACGGGACGGUUGUAUUGAAGGGAGAGUUUGAGAACCGGGAGGUUGCAGUAAAGCGGAUGCUGCUUGAGUUUUACGAUGUUGCGUCACAUGAGGUUUCAUUGCUUCAGGAAAGCGAUGACCAUCCUAAUGUGAUUCGGUAUUAUUGCAAGCAGCAGAGCGAACGGUUUCUGUAUAUUGCAUUGGAGCUGUGUCCUGGUACACUUGAGGAUAUGAUUGAAAAACGGUUUAUGUCAGCACCUCGGAUAGAGUACCAAACAGCUGAGGAUGAGCGCGAAGGAGGGAAGAAGAGUUUACAGCAACAACAACAGCAACAGAUGAGUGAAUUGGCGAGUGUUAUGACGCCAGUUCAGAUCAUGUACCAGAUUGCGAGCGGCGUGCAACAUUUGCAUUCGCUUAAGAUUGUGCAUCGAGAUUUGAAGCCGCAGAAUAUUCUUGUUGCACCUACACGGUUAAAGCGUGGUGGGGGUAGUUGCAGUGCGAACAAUAGUUCGACUUUUAGUAUGGUAGGUGGCAACAGUGGCAGUAGCAGCAAUAGCAAUAGCAACAUCAACAUCAACAUCAACAACAAGGGGAGUGGUCCAGUUAGAAUGCUGAUAUCGGACUUUGGGUUGUGCAAACGACUUGAGGGUGACCAGUCUAGUUUCCGGACGACGACUGCUCAGGCGGCAGGGACGUCUGGGUGGCGUGCACCAGAGUUGUUGAUUGAUGAUCCUGAGGGGAUGAUUUAUGGAGCCAGCACUUUUGCUAGUAGUAAUAAUAAUAAGGGCAAGGGAGGAGAUGAUGAGCAAGGAGGAGGUGGUGGUGGUGGUACUAAUAAUAGUCAACAUAACCGGUCAUCAUCUGAGCCGAUAGUGAUUGAUACAUUAUCUAAUCGGCGGGCCACUCGUGCGAUUGAUAUAUUUUCUCUUGGGUGUGUGUUUUACUACAUUUUAUCUGGAGGGCAGCAUCCGUUUGGAGACAAGAUUUUACGAGAGGCCAACAUUGUGCAAAAUAGUUUUAGUCUUGAGUAUUUGGAUUCGAGGAUAGCUGCGGCUACGGAGGCUGCUAUGAAGAUGGAGAUGAAAACUAAGAUGAAGAUGAAGAUAGAGGAAGGUGAUGGGAUUUUUGAAGGGUUUGAAGAUGCUGUUGAAGCUCGGGACUUGAUUUCACGGAUGAUUUCACGGAAUCCACGGGAGCGUCCGGAUGCCAAUAUGGUAUUGCAACAUCCGUUAUUUUGGAGUUUAGGGAAACGGUUAGAUUUUUUGUUGAAGGUAUCUGAUCGGUUUGAGGGGGAGAGUCGGGACCCCGCAUCAGCGUUACUUGUUGAGGUUGAACGGGAUGCAGCGCGAGUUGUUGGUAGAGACUGGCAUGCACGGCUGGGGACUGAUUUUGUGGAGAAUCUGGGCAAGUACCGCAAGUACCACGGAGACCGGGUAUCAGAUUUGUUACGAGCUAUGCGGAACAAGUCUCAUCACUUUAACGACUUGCCUAGUGGGUUAAAAGAGCGGAUGAGUCCGUAUCCGGAGGGGUAUGUAAGGUUUUUCUUAAGGCGGUUCCCAUAUUUGUUGAUGGCAGUGUAUGAGAUGGUGAAACGUAAUUUGGCAGAGGAGGAUAUGUUUAAGCCGUUUUUCACGGGGGCGGUUGUUUAG